CAUGGAUGAAGCUGGGCUGGGUUUCUUGUGAAGAGCCUGGAGCACAGUGAAGGGUGCUCCCUGCAGCUGAACUUCAGUAAACAAAUCCACUGGACACAGGUGUUUCUGGGAAGACCUUGCAGAUGGCUAGUACACUGGAGUCUGCAACACAAAACCAGGAGCUAGAAUAGAAAGAAGGAGAGAGGAAAACUGAAGAGUGCCUUUUUUUGCUCACAAUCAUGGGUCAGCGCUUCUCUAAUACACCUAAUGAUGAAGACAAUGGAAAUUUGCUGUCCAGCUUCACUACAUAUUUUAGGAACUAUAAGCCAGAAACCAAAAUCAUUUCUGAGGAAAACACCCUUUCAAUAGAGUUAUGCCUCAAAAAGGGGGAUCUUCAGGGGGCAAACUCUGUAAUCAGUGAUGCAUUAAAAGUUAUUGAUAAUGCCACAAUAAAUAUUGCUGUGACAGGAGAGUCUGGAUCAGGGAAGUCCAGCCUCAUCAAUGCCCUGAGGGAGGUUAAACCGGAAGAGGAAAGUGCAGCUGAAGUAGGGGUAACAGAGACAACCAGGGAGAUAAAGCCAUACGAACACCCCAAAGUCAAAAAUUUGAUUUUAUGGGACCUGCCUGGUAUUGGAACCCCUGACUUUCAACCAAAAAAUUAUCUACAAAAAGUAGAGUUCAAAAAGUAUGAUUUCUUCAUUAUUGUUUCUUCUACACGAUUUACACAACACGAAAUAGACCUCGCCAAAGCAAUCAAAGUUAUGAAAAAGAAUUACUACUUCGUGAGAGCGAAGGUGGACUCUGAUCUAAGAAAUGAAAAGAGAAGUCAUCCACAUACCUUUGACAGAGAAAACAUCCUGAAUAAAAUCCGAAAUUACUGUCUGGAUAACAUUAGGAAGUGGAAUAUCGAUGAACCUCAGGUUUUCUUGAUAUCGAACCACAAUUUAUCUGACUAUGAUUUCCCAGUCCUGAUGGACACCCUGAUUAAGGACCUUCCUGCUGAAAAGCGCCACAACUUCCUGCUUUCCUUGCCUAAUAUUACUGAGGCAGCCAUUCAAAAAAAAUAUAGCUCUACUAAGCAGUUUAUCUGGUUGAAUGCCAUGAAGGAUGGACUUUUGGCGACUGUUCCCGUAGUGGGCAUUUUACAUGACUUGGAUAUGGAGAAGCUCAAGAAGCGUUUAAACUUCUACCAAGACCUUUUUGGAGUAGACGACGAAUCCCUCACAUUCAUGGCUAAGGAUGCCCAAGUGCCUGUUGAACAACUGAAAGAAAAACUUAAAUCUCCUCAUUUGUUGGAAUUUAAGAAAGAGGAAACAUUAGGAGAAUUGCUAUUGAAGUGUUUGGAGAAAUUUGCCUCUGCUAAUGGUGGGCUCCUAGCAACAGGUCUUUACUUCAGAAAAACCUAUUACUUAGAACUUCAUUUUCUUGAUACAGUGGCUGAAGAUGCCAAAGUUCUCCUUAGAGAAGCAUAUUCAAAAAAAAUAGCUCAAACUCAAUUUGCCCACAGCUACCAACAAUCACAAGACCAACAGGUUUAUACCAGGGAAUCCUAGAUAAAUUCCUGCUCUGACAUCUUUUCUUUACACUAGCCAAUCCACUGUGACUAUGGGAAAAACUAAGGAGUAGGGUCAUGGGUAAUACUAUGUCAGAACCUGACAAUCCCCACCCCCUCUUCAACUCUCUACAUUCCCUAAAACCUUGUUCUCUGUAUUUGAACUCUACGUGCAUGCUUGGACACACACACACACACACACACACACACACACACACAUACACACAGACACUGAGCUCUGUGUCACUACUAUACUUCCUUAAUUGUAACCUCUAUCUCUCCGGAACUGUACAAUUAUUCCUUUCUUUUUGUGCAUCCUGCUCUGAUGUGCUCAUUGCAUUUCACAAAGGACACACACAUACACACAUACACAUACACUCACACACACAUCUUAACAUUACUCCUUGCCCUCAUUAAGCCUGUGUUAGAAAGUAAGUAGCAUGACUUACAGAUUCUAUCAACAAGAAGACUUUAAGA